AUGAGUGCAGCCACGGUCCUGAACCCAGUCCAAGCAGAUGAGAUUAAAUCGCAUCCAGCUAAUUUUUACAGAAGUGGAUUGUUGAAUUGGUGGAGUUCGUUAUCGGAUUUCUGGAUUGAAGGGGUCUCAUUGAAUUGGUGUGGUUAUACUAAGCUUGACGUUGCGCUGGAAGUUGUUCUGAAUCUCAGUUGUUCACGGGACUCAAAUCUUAUUUGUUGUCGCUCAAUUUUAGGUGAUGCAAGGACCUUAUAUAACCGCUGGAAGCAACUUCGAGAUAAAUAUGUUAAGGAGAAGAAAAAAAUAAAAUACUCUGGCGACCAUACAGGAUGGCAAUAUUUUAAACAUUUAACGUUUCUUGAUCCGCACAUGGUUGACAGGCAGCAACAGCAAUAUGCUCGCGCAAAAGAUGGAAAGGGCAUGUUGCUUUCGCCAGGAGGGACACCGCAUCAAAUUGUCAUAACAGAUCCAAAUUUUUCAUCGAAUCUCAUCCAAGAAGUUCAGCAGCAUCCGUGCCUUUACGAUAUCAGAGAUCCAAAAUAUAGGCAUUCUGACUAUCGUAAUCAAGCUUGGGGUGAAAUCAUCAAAAAUCUUAAUUUUCCCGGUGAUAUCAACUCGAUUUAUAAGCAAUGGAAGAAAGUACGCGAUCGGUACGUACGUGAAAAACGUAAAAUUCGAAUGUCAAAUGCAAAAAGCGGUGAAGCAGAGGAAUCGCAGUGGGAUUUAUUUCGACAGAUGAUGUGGAUUGAUCCGUUCCUUGAUGAUAGGGCAACGUUCGUUUCGCAGCAUGUGAAACGGAAACGUGAAAGUGAUGAAAUAUCAGAUGAUGGUUAUUUGGAUGAUAUGGUAGAUGUGGCAGGUCACCAUCAUGCUGGAACUCAACACGGUAAUGUUACCCAACUUCACACAUCACCGUAUACUACGAUGCUUUUGCAAACGGAUCAUUCGCAUCAAGGCAAACCUAUUGCUCAUCUGCACCAAAAUGUUCAAGGAACUCAGCAACGCAUUCCAAUCGGUCAGUUACAAGGGAAUGUAUUACUUCAGCAGCACGACAUGAACGCUAUGGAUGGUGAUAAGGCAUUUGCGUUGAGUGUAACAGCUGACAUGCGUGCAUUACCUGAGCAUGCUAGAGCAAUUGCCAAAGCACAGAUUCAGAAUUGGUUGGAUAGUUCAAGACUUGUACCUCAGAUUAAUUUCGAAGUUAAAUAA